UGUGCUCAUAGCUCAAAAUGAAGAUGUCAGUUUUGUGCGCAAUACUGGUACCACUUCUAGCUAUGGUGGGCUUAACUCAUCAGAUGGACGCGGACAUACAGACGAUGAAACAGCUGUACAAAAACACCCUUGACGGCUACGACACGAGAAUCCGACCCAUUAACAACCAGUCCGCGGCGGUUUUCAUCAACACCAAGUUCACUCCUCAGAGCCUGCUGGAGUUUGACACCUCGGAACAGAAGUUUUCGAUGCUGGGCUACUUCAAGAUAAACUGGGUAGAUGAAGUUGUGCGCUGGGAUCCAACCACCUUCGGGGAAACCAAGGAAAUCAAGGUGCCCAUUAAUGAGAUGUGGAAGCCCAGCCUCAUCAUCCUCAAGGCGUACGACGGUCAUGGAGUGGUGGGGACCAGCACGGAUCUGGCCAAGGUCCUGCACAACGGCUUCGUCCACUGGGAACCGGAGGGCAUCUACAGCGUCGUGUGCAACGUGGACAUUCAGUACUACCCAUUCGACGAACAGGUAUGCGUCAUAACAUACUACGUUUCUGACGAGACAAUCAGGACGGUGGUGCUUGAUCACUACCUGAACGUGGACAUGAGCGAAUAUUCGGAGAACUCCGCCUGGACCAUCGCUAGCACUAGGAGGAGCAGGUACCUAAUGUACAACACGUACCACAUCGACAUCGAGUUCCGGCUUCAGCGACGCGCCAACUUUACAACGUUUACUCUUAUCAUGCCCCUUCUCAUGUUGGCCUUCCUCAACAUCUGCAUUUUCCUGGUGCCGAUCGGAUCUGGAGAGAAAGGGUCCUUCUCGAUCACGAUUUUCCUGUCGUACGGUAUCUUCGUGACCAUCAUCAGCGACACGUUGCCCCACAACUCGCUCCAGGUAUCGUUCUUUGUCCUGUUUAUCGUCAUCCUUCUCAUCCUCAGUGUCAUUUCCGUCUUCUACACCAUCAUCCAGGCGAAAAUCGUAGCGGCCGUCGGGGACAAAGAAUGCCCUUGGACAAUCUUCAAACCAGGCCGGCGGGCAAAAGGACCGGAUGAGGUUGAACGGAUAAAGGACAACAAGGAGAAGGAAGCCUUUGAGACGUUGCCAGAACAAGAGGAGGAGGAGGAGGUGUACACGUGGUCAAUGUUCCUGGAGAAGCUUGACAUCGUAUUGUUUGUCCUCUUCUUCAUCGUGAUUAUCACCACCACGGCCGUCUUCUUCUGGAUGCUGCUUCGCCAUGCCUCUCGCGAUAAUCCCGAGCCCGAGGACCCGUCUCCGACCCUCGCAUACCCGACAACCACCACAGCUACAAUGUAAAACGCUGUCAGUGGACCCUACCCGACAGCUGCCUGCUUAACAAUCUGUACCCUACAAAUAAAUAAAGAAUAACUACUGUGUACUGGAAACGCAGUACCUGGCGUCGAAAACUUAUUCACACUUAACAUAAACAUAAAGCGAUCAAGAUAACGAAAAUAAAACUUAAUUUACCGAAAUGAACUUCUAUUCCUGCCGUAUGAAUGUUUAUAAUCAUAAGUAUUUAUUGUCAACCAAAAUGGGCGGAAAAUUUACCUAUAUCGCAACCAUGGCAGUUGUUUGUACAUGUGCUAUAAUGACCACCGUGAAUUUAAAAAAAUAUAUAUAUUCUUCUUUUCCUUGUACAAUUGUUUUGUAUGUACUUGUUUAUUAAUAUUUCGUGUUUAUGUCUACGUUUUUAAACUGUUUGUCUUGUUGUAUAAUGCUACUUUUAACUAAGUGAUACAUUCUGAGUAAUUGUAUUUAAACAAAUUGUCUGUUGAAGAGCACUGUUAUUUUGGCUAUGAUAAGACAUUCAUUGAUGAUAAGCCAUUCAUUGAGCAAAAUAUUAGCAAGAACAACAAGGGGGACGACUCAAAUUGACACUAUUUUUCACUGUCCAAAAACUGGUAACAAAAUUGAGGGAUUUUAGUGGGUUUCAUUUACGCCAUUUUAAGGUGUUAAAACAUUAGUUUGAAGCAAAACAAAUGACUGAUGGUUAAAGUUCAUACUUUGAUCUUGUGGUGCACGCUCAAAUAAAAAAAAAUGCAAAAAAUACUGGAAAAUUAUUGUUUUGAAAAUUUUAGAUUUUUAACAAAAUGGGUUAAAGAUUCUGCACCAAUGCAAAAAUAUAAUAGAAGUAUAGUUUAAUACCCAUUCUUUAACGAAAUGCA